AUGCUGGACGACACUCGGAUGAAGCGGGCCAUAGAGCUUGCUCAUCAGGCCACUGCCUUGGAUCGAGUGGGGAAGUAUCAAGAGGCGCUUGAUAUGUACACACUUAGCUUGGAUAAUUGGAUGCUCAUAUAUAAAUAUGAAGUGAAUCCGGCCGUGAAGUCCCGUUUGUCUACAAAGAUUACCGAAUACAUGAAUAGGGCCGAGGAAAUCAAGAAGUAUUUGGAACAAAUGCAGUUAACGUCCACUUCCCCUCAGCCUGGCAACGCAGGUACUGCGGGGAUGCAAAGGCCUCUUGAUAGUGGGGAUGAGAAUAAAGGUCCUGAGGAGGGCGGUCCGCAACAAGGUAAGGGCAACCCCGAGAUGGAUAAAAUGAAGAAAGCUCUUGAAGGCGCUAUAAUUAGUGAGAAACCCAACGUUCAUUGGAGUGAUGUGUCCGGUUUGGACCAGGCCAAGGCUAGUCUACAGGAGACUGUCAUCUUACCGACCAAAUUCCCACAGCUUUUCACGGGGAAACGCAAGCCGUGGAAAGGUAUCCUUUUGUAUGAUCCUCCUGGGACUGGUAAAUCCUAUUUAGCUAAGGCAUGCGCCACCGAGGCCGAGGCUACGUUCUUCAGCGUAUCCAGCUCGGAUUUGGUUUCAAAAUGGAUGGGCGAGUCGGAGAAGCUGGUGAGGUCUUUGUUCGAGAUGGCGAGGGCUGAGAAGUCAGCUAUUAUCUUCAUUGAUGAGGUCGACUCUCUGUGUGGCUCGCGGGACUCGGGUGAAAACGAUGCAACUCGGCGAAUCAAGACGGAGUUUUUGGUCCAAAUGCAAGGAGUUGGGAGCGAUAGUGUGGGCCAAGUGUUGGUCCUAGGAGCCACUAACUGCCCAUGGGACCUAGACGCGGCUAUUCGAAGAAGAUUCGAGCGGAGGAUCUACAUACCUCUGCCAGAUGUCCAAGCUAGGAUUAGACUGUUCGAGCUGAGUAUAGGGGAUACGCCUCAUGAGCUCACAAAAAAGGACAUAUCUAAAUUAGCACAGGAGACUGAUGGAUUCUCGGGAGCAGACAUCGGGGUAUUGGUUCGAGAUGCCCUGAUGCAACCGAUUAGGAGGUGUAGUCAGGCUACUCACUUCAAGAGAGUCACGAAGGAUGGAAAGAAGUUGUGGACCCCAUGUAGUCCUGGUGAUGCUGAUAGCACCAAUCGGCAGAUGAGGUUGAUGGACAUUGAAAGCUCUGAACUACUCCCCCCUAAGGUCUCUCGGGUUGACUUUCAAGUAGCUCUAUCGAAUGCCCGUCCAUCGGUUGGGCCUCAGGACGUGGCCAAACAGGAGGAAUGGACGACUCAGUUUGGGAUGGAGGGCUGA